UUGAUUUCGCCUGAUGUUGACUUGAUGGCCAGGACCGAAAAGGGGGUUUUGCGGAGCCCGGGGACCCGGGGGCCUCCCUGCCCCACGUUCCCCGGCAUCCGGGGGGAGGGGACGGUGAAACCGGCCCUAAGGCUCCGGCCAGAGCUGGCGCCGCGCCGUCGCCGGAGGGAUCGACUCCUGCUCCCGCAACCCCUCGAGCCCGGGCUGCCGCUAGCGACUCAGCGCGGUGGAAGCUGCCCGGGCCUCUCGCCCGCGCCGUGGGGCGGGUGCCGCUGUCCCUCCGCUCGCUGUGCGGGAGGGAGCCCGGGAGUGCGCUUUUGUUCCUCCGAAGCGCCGCACGCCGAGGCCGUGGGUAGAAGCUUCUUUUGGACCCCGUGAGUUAGCCUGAACCGUCUCUGGCCGGCUUGACUUUUGGCGUCCGGCGAGCCCCUCCCCGCGGUUAUUCGACCAUUUGACCCACCGCGGUAGUUGGUGAAGUUGCCGUCUGUUGGAGGCCGGUCGACCCCGUGCGGACCUUGCUCUUAGGGGUAGCGUUCUUAGAGCUGGUUUCACUGUUUCCUAAAAUUGAAGGGUGGAGCUGGGUUACUUUUGUGUUGUUUCUUUUCAAAUCACACCCACUUACGGGUGCCCUGAGUUGAGGGUAAAGGGGUGGGGCUGUGGAUAUCUAAACACGGUGUUUGAUUUGAAAAGGAUGGCAUUACAUGAUGUGGGUGGUUUGCUCCCCACCUCUAUUUUCAUUUUUCUCAGUCCCCUUUUCCUUCCCCACCAUCCUGGGUUUGGGUAUUUGACCUUCCAUUGGGUAAGAUGGCUUCUGAGGCCAGGACUGAAAGGCUAAGUGACCAACCAUUAAGCUGUGGAGUGGUUUUCCCCGAGUGAAGGAAACCCAUCGUUUGAGACAAGUAAAACUGGAUUCUGCGAGGACUUGGAACAUGCAUGACUGUAGGGAUGACCUCUGAGCUGGCCAGAACGGACACAUUAAUGACCAGUAGACCUUUCCAAUCCCUUCCAACUGUGUUUGGAGACAGAUCUAGAAAAAAAGGACUCACGAAGGGAGUGUUGCAGAUCAGAUGGGCUCUGGAUCUGAUGGUCCACUCUGCUGGAAUGUGCUAUGCCUUGAACCUCGCUUGGUAGCAAGAGAUGUUGCUUCCCCGGCCCUCACUGUGAUGUGUGCUGUUACAGUGGGCUAGAUGCUGAAGCCGCUGCUCCAUAUGCAGUUUCCAUACCAGUCUGUGCAUGAGUUGUUAGAUCUCCCAGAACCGGUGGGGAGCAAACACCACACAUGAAUAUGUGUAAUAUUGGAAAAUAAUACAUUUGUAAGUUAAGGAGGUUUACAUCAAAGUAAAGCAAAUUUUGAAAAUUAAUAAAAACACAGCCAUUGGGGGUCCCAGGAAUUUUUGGCCUUUUUCCUGUGGUGCACUUUUUCCUUCCUUAAUUUGGUCUCCAUUACAGAAGUCAACAUUAAUAAAUCAUGCAAACUUUUGCUUAUUGCCCCACAUUCACUUUUGCAACCUAAAUUUGAGUCUUAAACGUCACUAAGCCAUUUAUUGUCUGGCAGUUGUACAUUGACAGCAUCUGUAUUGGAUCUUGUGUUCAAACAUAGCAGAAAGUGAUCUUUUUAUUCCUAAUUUGGUCUUCAAUGAUGUGUCUUCAUUGCGGGAUUUAAAGUUUAAGGGACCUACUGAUGCUGCGCCUUCUGGUGGUUUUGCAGUGUUUGCCGUGAACCUCCUUAAACUGCAUGUAUAUGUCACUGUUCCUUUGUAUGUGUGUCUCUCUACCACAUAACCCAGCACUUCUUUCCUCAGCCAAGUGGCUAGGGGCGAGCCUAGCCAAGAUUUUACCUCCAAUGGACGCAAGUUUCUUUGGUGAAGAUCUCUCCUGAGAGUUCGGGACUAGCAGGAAGAAGCGAGGAAAUAUCGCCCGUUUGGUUCUGUCGGAUAGGUAUUUAUGGACUCGGUCUGUGUGAAUGUAAGCUGUAAUAUUUAACUGCUGAGAACAGAUAUUUUUUUGCAAGUGGCAUUGAAUGGUUUACCAAAGCAUACAUGGUAAGAACUGCUAGCAAGGGGGAUACAUUUUCUGCCCUAAAGGAUUGUCUGCCUUUAGCUCUAAGUUCUGUUGUACUAUAGAGAGGAGCUUAGUCUUUGUUAUGAUUACUUCAGUUUAAAAAGUAGGUGAGCUAUGACUAGUCUUGUUAAAUAUAGAUCUGAAGCUUUGCAUUUGAUUUAAUAUUUUUAUUUCAUUAUUUUAAUUGGUAAGUAUGUGCAUAGACUGUCACACUCAACCAGCAUGGGUGUAGACUUCCAUCCAUUGACCAGCAUGUUCCCAUUACAGAUACGACGGGCGUGGUCACCUGCAUGACCUCUCUGCGUACGAUGCUGAGUACGCCACGUGGAACCGAGACUACCAGCUGUCUGAAGAGGAGGCGCGGGUAGAAGCGCUGUGUGAUGAGGAGAGAGGAAGAAUACAAAAGAUUGAGUGAAGCUCUGGCAGAGGAUGGGAACUACAGUGCCGUAGGGUUCACUUACGGCAGUGACUAUUAUGACCCAUCAGAGCCCACGGAAGAGGAGGAGCCUUCGAAACAGAGAGAAAAAAAUGAGGCUGAAAACUUGGACGAAAAUGAAGAGCCUUUCAUUGCCCCGUUAGGAUUAAGUGUUCCGUCUGACGUGGAGCUGCCACCAACAGCUAAAAUGCAUGCCAUCAUCGAGCGCACAGCCAACUUCGUGUGCAAACAGGGAGCACAAUUUGAGAUAAUGCUGAAGGCCAAGCAAGCACGAAACUCGCAGUUUGACUUCCUGCGGUUUGAUCACUACCUCAACCCCUACUACAAAUUUAUCCAGAAAGCCAUGAAGGAAGGACGGUAUACGGUGCUGGCAGAAAACAAGAAUGAGGAGAAGAAAAAGUUGGGGGCGACCUCUGACAAUGAAGAUGAAGAUGAGGAGGAGGAUGGGAGUUACCUACACCCGUCUCUCUUUGCUUCCAAGAAGAGCAGCCGCCUGGAAGAGCUGAUGAAGCCCUUGAAGGUGGUGGACCCAGAUCACCCUCUAGCAGCCCUUGUCCGUAAAGCACAGGCUGACAGCUCUGCUCCAGCCGCACCCACUGCAGACGGCACACCUGCACAGCCCUCCCAGGUGGAGUACACGGCAGACUCAACUGUGGCAGCCAUGUACUACAGCUACUACAUGCUACCAGACGGCACCUACUGCCUGGCACCACCCCCGCCUGGGAUCGAUGUGACCACUUACUAUAGCACCCUUCCUGCUGGAGUGACCGUGUCCAGCUCACCUGGUGUGACUACCACUGUACCACCACCUCCUGGGACCACCCCUCCACCACCCCCAACCACAGCUGAAACAAGCAGUGGGGUUACCUCCACAACCACCACCACAAGUGCGCUUGCUCCCGUGGCCAUCAUACCCCCGCCCCCUGACAUCCAGCCUGUGAUCGACAAGCUGGCAGAGUACGUCGCUAGGAACGGCCUUAAAUUUGAGACCAGUGUUCGAGCCAAGAAUGAUCAAAGAUUUGAGUUUCUUCAGCCCUGGCACCAGUACAACGCCUACUAUGAGUUUAAGAAGCAAUUCUUCCUGCAGAAGGAAGGAAGCAGUAGCACACAGGUAGCAUCCACAGCUGAAGAGACUUCCACAGAAACUGCUGCUGAAGAGUCGAGUGAAGCCGGGGAGGACGGCACUGCUGAGGGUAUGGCAGAGACUGGGGGACGAGGCAGCGGGAAGAAGGAGGCUGGGUCCAGCAAGAGCACCGUGGACGGGAAGCUGGUAAAAGCAGCUUCAUUUGCUCCAAUAAGCUUUGCCAUCAAGGCCAAAGAAAAUGACCUACUUCCUCUGGAAAAAAACCGAGUCAAGUUGGACGAUGAUAGUGAAGAAGAUGAAGAAAGCAGGGAAUGCCAGGAAAGCACAAACAGCGUGGCCAACCCCAGCCCAGCUGCAGCCCCACCCUGUGUGGUCAUGGAGGAGAAGAAGCCCCAGCUCACCCAGGAGGAGCUAGAAGCAAAGCAAGCAAAACAAAAGCUGGAGGACCGCCUUGCUGCUGCUGCACGGGAAAAGCUGGCCCAGGCAUCCAAGGAAUCAAAGGAGAAGCAGCUUCAGGCCGAACGUAAAAGGAAAGCAGCUUUGUUUUUACAAACCUUAAAAAAUCCUCUUCCAGAAACAGAAAUUGGGAAACUUGAGGAGAGUGCUUUCAGUGUAGAGGAAACCGGUGUCAUGCCCUGUCCUCUGCUGGUUGGAGGUAGAACUCUUCCCAUGUUAGAAGUGAAGCCUCCAGAAAGGCCUUCAAGCAGAUGUAGAGACCCACCAAGAGAAGAAGAAAGAGAAAAGAAGAAGAAGAAGCACAAAAAACGGUCUCGAACGAGGUCCCGCUCCCCCAAGUACCACUCGUCUUCCAAGCCCAGGUCUAGAUCCCACUCAAAAGCCAAGCACUCCCUGCCCAGCGCCUACCGGACAGUGCGGCGGUCCAGGCCCUCAGCCUCCCCAGGGAUCUUGAGUGUGGAGCCUUGUCCCAGCAGCUCGGCAGUGGCGGCAGCACAGCAGGAGAGGUAUCAGGCAGCCUCGGCCUCGAGCAGCUUUGACUCCUGGAGCUCUUUUGAGGGGAAACCUGGUAAACCGUCAAGGUCACGCUCUCGGUCCCCAAGAAGGAGAGCACACUCUCCUGAGAGACGACGGGAAGACAGGAGUGUCCCUACUGCCUACCGGAUGAGUGGUAGCCCUGGAGCCAGCAGGAAACGAACCCGUUCCAGAAGUCCCCAUGAGAAGAAAAAGAAGCGGAGAUCACGGUCGCGCACUAAGGCCAAAGCCCGCUCCCAGUCAACAUCCCCGAGCAAACAGACAGCACAGCGUCCCUCAGCGCACUCAGCCCACUCGGCCAGCAUCUCUCCUGUGGAGAGCCGAGGUUCUUCCCAGGAACGCUCCAGGGGGGUUUCUCAGGAAAAAGAUGGCCAGAUCUCCUCAGCAAUCGUUUCCUCUGUGCAGAGCAAAAUAACUCAGGAUCUCAUGGCCAAAGUAAGAGCAAUGCUCGCAGCUUCAAAAAACCUGCAGACCAGUGCAUCCUGAGAUGGCAGCCAUGGAGCCAGCCCCAAGCGGAGCAUCGUGCGCAGCUAUGGCCCUGGCUGUGGUCACAGGUGCUGGGCUUCAGCUCAGAGCAGCCACAACCCAGCCAGAAGCUGAGCUGCAAGCUCCAUGCCGACCUCCACACGACCCUCCAGGUUCUCCAGCCCGACUCCCUGGCUCAGUCGGUGGCUUUUGUAAAUUUUUGGUGAUAUUUUCAGUUUCAAAUUUUUGACCAGCAGUCUCUUACCUGUAUAUUUGUAAAUAUAUCAUGUUUCUGUGAAAAUGUAUUAUCAAAUAAAAUGGGAGGAACACCUUUUCUAGCUAGCA